AUGGUGUUAGCUGACCUGGGUAAGCGUAUUAACAACGCUGUGAACAGUGCGUUGUCUAACACGGAGGAUGACUAUGUGAACAGCAUUGACGGAAUGCUUAAGGGCAUUUCGACUGCUUUAUUAGAAGCGGAUGUGAACAUUAUGCUGGUGUCAAAGGUGAGGAAUAAUAUUAGGUCGGUUUUGCUUGACAAUAAGACCACUAACAGGUCGAUGAACAAUGUGCAGACGAAGAAGCUGGUGCAGAAGACGGUGUUUGAUGAGUUGUGUGGACUUGUUGAUUGUACUGAUCAUAAGGUUUUCCAGCCCAAGAAGAAAGCAACGAAUAUUAUCAUGUUUGUGGGUUUGCAAGGUUCGGGUAAGACUACUUCGUGUACUAAGUUGGCGGUAUAUUACUCUAAGCGUGGAUUCAAAGUGGGUCUAGUGUGUGCGGACACGUUUCGUGCGGGUGCUUUCGACCAAUUGAAGCAGAACGCAGUCAAGGCUCGUAUACCUUUCUAUGGUUCAUACACUGAGACAGAUCCUGUUAAAGUUGCUGGUGAUGGUAUUGCCAAGUUUAAGAAGGAAAAGUUCGAUGUCAUUAUCGUUGAUACAUCUGGUAGACAUCAUCAAGAAGAAGAGCUGUUCCACGAAAUGGUGCAAAUAUCCAAUGUUAUUAAACCAAACCAAACAAUCAUGGUGCUAGAUGCAUCCAUCGGUCAAGCUGCAGAACAGCAGUCCAAGGCUUUCAAGGAGUCUUCCGACUUUGGUGCAAUCAUCUUAACAAAAAUGGAUGGUCACGCAAAGGGUGGUGGUGCUAUCUCAGCUGUCGCAGCCACAAAUACACCAAUUGCAUUUAUAGGUACUGGUGAACAUAUUCAUGAUUUAGAAAAAUUCUCUCCAAAGUCGUUUAUAUCCAAGCUACUAGGUAUUGGUGAUAUUGAAGGUUUAUUCGAACAAUUAAAGACUGUUUCUAAUAAGGAAGAUACAAAAGCUACAAUGGAAAAUAUACAACAGGGUAAGUUUACAUUACUGGAUUUCAAGAAGCAAAUGCAAACUAUUAUGAAGAUGGGUCCACUUUCUAAUAUAGCACAAAUGAUCCCAGGUAUGGGUAAUAUGAUGAGUCAGGUUGGUGAAGAGGAAACAUCGCAGAAGAUGAAGAAAAUGGUUUACGUUUUAGACUCAAUGACAAAAGAGGAACUGGAGUCUGACGGUAGAAUAUUUAUCGAUCAACCAAGUAGGUUAGUACGAGUAGCAAGAGGUUCAGGUACAUCGGUCUUUGAUGUUGAAAUGAUAUUGAUGCAACAACAAAUGAUGGCUAGGAUGGCUCAGAAUGCGAAGAUGGGUAAGCAAGGUGGAGGUAUGCCGGGUAUGCCUAAUAUGACGGGUAUGCCAAACAUGCCUGGUAUGCCAAAAAUGACGCCUCAACUAAUGCAGCAAGCACAACAAAAGUUAAGACAAAAUCCAGGCUUAAUGAAAAAUAUGAUGAAUAUGUUUGGCGGUGCUGGUGGUAUGGGCGGUAUGGGUGGCCCAGGUGGUAUGCCAGAUAUGAAUGAGAUGAUGAAAAUGAUGCAAGAUCCCCAAAUGCAAGACAUGGCAAGACAGUUUGGUAUGGGAAUGUAG